GCGGCGGCCGCGCGUGUUUCAGCUGGGGGAGGCGGUGUGGGCUCUGGGUUUGGAAAAGAAGCGGGUCCCUGAAGUGUCUCGGCCGGCUACGGCGCGUGGUUUUUUAGGCUUAAGCAGCUGGGUGUGUUGUCUCCGCUCUUCCCUGUCCGCGGAGGGAAGCGGCGGGGAGGUUGUGUGGGGACACAGCUGGAGUCCCUGAAGGGGAAGGGGGCAGCCGGGCGUGGGGGUAGAGGGUGUGGAGAGCGUGAGGGCUGCGGUCCCGGAUUGGGGAGCAGUCGAGAGGAGAGGGUCACCAUAGGCAAAGUGCGCACCCGCCGGGAUCCGGGCCGGUCCCGAGGAGGGCCUGGGGCAGCCGCGCGAUGUUCGGGACCCGGUGCCUGCUCCGAGCCCUGCGCUUCUGCUCCUCCGCUCCCUCCCCGAGACCCAAACCUUCUGCCAAACUGAGUGUUCGGGAUGCACUCGGGGCCCAGAGCACGAAUGGGGAGCGCGUUAAGGUCCAGGGAUGGAUUCGUUCAGUCCGAUCCCAGAAGGAAGUCUUGUUCUUGCAUAUAAAUGAUGGAUCCUCUUUGGAAAGCCUUCAAGUUGUAGCUGAUUCAAGCUUUGAUAGUAGAGAACUGGCUUUUGGGAGUUCUGUGGAAGUUCAAGGGCAGCUGGUGAAAAGUCCAUCUAAAAAGCAGAAUGUGGAACUGAAAGCAGAAAAAAUUGAAAUUGUUGGAAAUUGUGAUGCCAAGGCUUUUCCUUUUAAAUAUAAAGAGAGACCUCCUCUGGAGUAUCUGAGACAGUAUCCUCAUCUCAGGUGCAGGACAAAUGCUCUGGGUUCCAUACUGAGGAUUCGCAGUGAAGCCACAGCUGCUAUUCAUUCUUUCUUUAAGGACAGUGGCUUUGUCCAUAUUCAUACUCCAAUAAUCACAUCCAAUGACUGUGAGGGCGCUGGAGAACUGUUCCAAGUCGAACCUUCAAGUAAAAUUAAGGUGCCUGAGGAGAAUUUCUUCAAUGUUCCUGCUUUCUUAACUGUUUCGGGACAACUUCACCUAGAAGUGAUGUCAGGAGCUUUUACUCAAGUGUUCACCUUUGGUCCAACAUUCCGAGCAGAGAAUUCUCAGAGCCGGAGACACCUGGCAGAGUUUUAUAUGGUAGAAGCAGAGAUUUCUUUUGUUGAGAGUCUUCAAGAUCUCAUGCAGGUUAUGGAGGGGCUUUUCAAGACUGCAACAAUGAUGGUUCUUUCCAGUUGUCCUGAAGAUGUGGAACUCUGUCACAAAUUCAUAGCUCCUGGCCAAAAGGACAGAUUAGAACAUAUGCUAAAAAACAACUUUUUAAUCAUCUCUUAUACGGAAGCGGUAGAGAUCUUAAAGCAGGCAUCUCGGAAUUUCACCUUCACACCAGAGUGGGGUGUUGAUCUACAGACUGAACAUGAAAAGUACCUGGUGAAACACUGUGGCAACAUACCAGUCUUCGUCAUUAAUUAUCCAUUAGCACUCAAGCCUUUCUACAUGAGGGAUAAUGAAGAUGGCCCUCAGCACACAGUUGCUGCUGUUGAUCUUCUGGUUCCUGGAGUUGGAGAGCUCUUUGGAGGAAGCCUCCGAGAGGAACGGUACCAUUUCUUAGAGCAGCGACUGGCCAGAUCAGGACUAACAGAAGCCUACCAAUGGUAUCUGGACCUCCGUCGAUUUGGAUCUGUACCACAUGGAGGUUUUGGGAUGGGAUUUGAACGCUAUCUGCAGUGCAUCUUGGGAAUUGACAAUAUCAAAGAUGUUAUCCCUUUUCCAAGAUUUACUCAUUCGUGUGUUUUAUAGCUGGAAGACCAGUUAAGGAAAAUGACCCUGUGCCCAACCAAAGGUACUGCGCGUGAAUAUGCAAACAGGAGAAUGCAUGUUUGAAAUGCAAAAAAUUUCAAUAGGUAAUUGUCAUGCCCUAAGAUAUAACCUAUGAAAAACAGAAGUGAUCAUGAUUUUCUUAGAAAGCUGAGAGCAAUUCAUGGAAAGAUGAACUCUCUCAAAAAGAGAUACUUGUAGCAGGUAGAAACUCGAAAUCUAUUAUGUCAAUUAAGAAGAAAUGAGGAAACUGAACUGUGGUCUCAGAGGUCUUUCAGACUCUUAAGACAGGAUGAGAACAUGUGUUUUACUUUGUCUUUAACCAUUAGAGCACUGCUUUUUGUGACCUCUGAGAAACAAUGAGGAGCUAAAACUAAAAUGUUGGAUCUUUAAUUCCUUUCCAUUUAACUUAUGAUAAAUGCCCAUCUUAUUCUCAUCAUUUUACUAAACAUUACAGAAGAAAAUAUUCCGUUUGGGGUCUUAUUUGAGUUAGAUUAAGCUACGGUUCUGAAUUGAAAUCUUUUCUCAGCCUGGGUGAAAAAAGUCACAUUUAAUAACUGUUGAUCUUUAAUUUUAAAAAUAGCAAAUGAGAUGUAUUAAUUAUUUAAACUAAUGAUUGUUGUGCUAUAAUUAGUUUAUAGUAGAUGUUUAUAACUUCUCUAAUAAUAAAAUAGAUUUUUGAUACCUCUGAAAGAAAAAUACAGUUAUGUUUUUAAAAUCCAUUUGACCUUUCCACAGUGAAAAGUGGAAGAACGUAUUUCAAAGGCGAAAUGAGCAUGCAAAUAUAGCUAAACCUGAAGGACAUGUAAUUCUGGACUCAGAAAGGAACAUUGGCUAUUAGAGUUUCUGAGAGGAUUGCUGAUUUGGGAAUUUGAGACCUGACAACUAUAGCACUUGACAUGUAUGAUUUGGACAAGCAACUUACUGUGUAUGAGUGCAUGCAUCACUUUCCUCAGGGUUGAUACAACAAUUGCAUGGAAGUGUGUGUGUGUGUGUGCGCGUGCACGCGCACAUGCUUAAAACUGAAAUACUACAUAACUUUUUUUAAUACUUUAGUCUUCUUUGAGCCAAAUUGUGUGCUCAGUAGAAUUUGUAUGUAUCAAAUAGCAGUAAAUGACAUGCAUGCCUAAAUAA